AUGGCGAGGGAACGUGGUGCCAGGCAGCGCGGGAUCGAGGGCGGCGCGGCUGAAUGGACUCGCGCUUGUGACUUGCGUCUGCCAUGCGAUUUUUCCCGUCUGCAGCCUGCAGUGCGGAAGGCUGGAUUCCAGCCUGGAAGUCUUGCCAAGACUGGCUUGGGCCCCAAGUUGGGGGCGACAUCGAUCCCGGUUCUGCUGCGGAGGUUGCGGAUGCUGGCCAUGUGCGUCGCUGCAGAUGUCGUAUAUCAUACCAGCACUCGCAUCGGUUAUGAACCUGACGAUCGAGCAUAUACAUGCAUGGCGAUCCAUUGA